AAUGUGUGUGAUUUGCGGGUGAAUGAUGAGGGGGGGGGGGGUGCAGCCUGGUCUGGCCGCCUCCCCCUUAUAAAAACUCCAACACGACCACCGUUUCUUCCUCUUUCUGUUACCUGGCUAGGGGCAGCUGCGCAGGCCGUGUAAUCAAGGAACACCGAAACUAAGCAACAAUGGGAAAGGAAAAGACCCACAUUAACAUCGUGGUUAUUGGCCAUGUCGACUCCGGCAAGUCCACCACCACCGGCCACUUGAUCUACAAGUGCGGAGGCAUCGACAAGAGAACUAUUGAGAAGUUCGAGAAGGAAGCCGCCGAGAUGGGCAAGGGCUCCUUCAAGUAUGCCUGGGUGCUGGACAAGCUGAAGGCCGAGCGUGAGCGUGGUAUCACCAUUGACAUCGCUCUGUGGAAGUUUGAGACCAGCAAGUACUACGUCACCAUCAUCGAUGCCCCCGGACACAGGGACUUCAUCAAGAACAUGAUCACUGGUACCUCUCAGGCUGACUGCGCCGUACUGAUUGUUGCUGGUGGUGUUGGCGAGUUUGAGGCUGGUAUCUCCAAGAACGGCCAGACCCGCGAGCACGCCCUGUUGGCCUUCACCCUGGGUGUGAAGCAGCUCAUCGUUGGUGUCAACAAGAUGGACUCCACCGAGCCCCCAUACAGCCAGAAGCGUUUUGAGGAGAUCACCAAGGAAGUGAGCACCUACAUCAAGAAGAUUGGCUACAACCCCGCCACAGUAGCCUUUGUGCCCAUCUCUGGAUGGCAUGGUGACAACAUGCUGGAGGCCAGUGACAAGAUGUCCUGGUUCAAGGGUUGGAAGAUUGAGCGCAAGGAGGGCAACGCCAGUGGAACCACCCUGCUCGAGGCCCUGGAUGCCAUCCUGCCCCCAAGCCGCCCAACUGACAAGCCUCUUCGUCUGCCCCUGCAGGACGUCUACAAGAUUGGCGGUAUUGGAACAGUGCCCGUUGGUCGUGUGGAGACUGGUGUCCUGAAGGCUGGUAUGGUUGUGACCUUUGCCCCUGCCAACGUGACCACUGAGGUCAAGUCUGUGGAGAUGCACCACGAGACCCUGUCUGAGGCUGCCCCUGGGGACAAUGUUGGCUUCAAUGUUAAGAACGUGUCUGUCAAGGAAAUCCGUCGUGGAAACGUGGCUGGUGACAGCAAGAACGACCCACCCAUGCAAGCUGACACCUUCACUGCUCAGGUCAUUAUCCUGAACCACCCUGGCCAGAUUUCCCAGGGCUAUGCCCCCGUGCUGGACUGCCACACCGCUCACAUUGCCUGCAAGUUCACCGAGCUCAAGGAGAAGAUCGACCGUCGUUCCGGCAAGAAGCUUGAGGACAACCCCAAGAGCCUCAAGUCCGGAGAUGCCGCCAUUGUCACCAUGACCCCUGGCAAGCCAAUGUGUGUGGAGAGCUUCUCCGAAUACCCUCCCCUCGGUCGUUUUGCUGUGCGUGACAUGAGGCAGACGGUGGCUGUCGGUGUCAUCAAGGCUGUGGACAAGAAGGCCGCCAGCGGUGGCAAGGUUACCAAGUCUGCACAGAAGGCUGGUAGUGGUAAAAAGUGAAUUCUGUUCCUGGAGGCUGCCCCUCAGGUUGGCGGAUCUGCAGCGCAACACCCUGCAGAAGAUUCUCAGAAGAACAACCUGAGCUCUCUAUUAAAGGACUGGUUAAUGUUGAUAAAAACCCAUCGCAAAAGUUUUCGCAGGAAAGAAACACCCAAAUAUGGAUGACGUUCUAUAUGGCAUCGUCUUACCUGAAUCACAAGACGACAGUGCCUCUUUUCAGUUUAAACAUGAAUUUUAAGUUGGGAAUGGUUUAGAACUUUGUUGCUUUUGAUGCCACAUUAAUUGGAAAGUAAGCUGCUGGUAACUAAUAAAGGUCUUCGAAAAUA